AGGAAUCGGUGAUAGCCCUUUCUUUUUCCUUUAAAAGAAAGAAAAAAAAUAUGCAAUGCAUUCAUUCAGUAGAAGGGCUGGGCAUUUUUUUAAUGAAGCAUAUUUUCAGACAAACUUUAAUUCAGAAAUACAACACUCAAUAAUCAUUGUACCUCCUUCCGUGUAUCUUGAUUAGCAUCCCUUUUUUUCUGCUUUCUCUUUCUUUUUCUUCAUUCAUUGAGCCAUUCUAGCGAACAACAACAUAAACCAAAGCAACAUGAUGAUAAACAUUCAACAGCUUUCUGUCCGAUGGAUUCAGACGAUAGUCACUUUCACGAUACAGUAUUUUCAACCAUAGAUACAAAGAAUGUGAACCACGCAGUGGGAUCAACUACUAUUACUCGUUCAAAAAGUGAGCAACACGAUGAAAUGAACACUGAAACCCUUACUGUGGAUGAUGAUUCAACUUGCACACCAUCUUCAUUAUCAUCGUAUGAUUCGGAAUCGAACUUUGACAAACCAUCACGAACGUUUUCAGAAGAUACUAUCAUAACAACACUAGAAAAAGUCAACUCUCAGAACGAAACAAAAUCCGGCCCGAUAGUCAAAGCAAUAGCAACAGCUGUCGAAAAGAUUCCAAAUAGAGAGAAGGAUGGUCAGCAAAGGGCGCCUAACACCUUUAUGACAGAAUUACACUCUAACGUGACAAAGAGAACAACCCUGCCAAAAUCAUUGGCUGUUUCUUCUAUGAAUGAUGUGGGAAACAUAUCAGAUGCACUUACGCAAGGCAAAAAAUUGAUAGAAAAUGACGCAUUGGAGGAGGUUGAAGCAGAUACGAUGGAGGACAUCAGUCUAGAAGAGGAAGUAAUAAGCAGUUCCAUCAGGAAAAAUAGCACCACAGCAAACAAAAAGCAUACAACAUCAAAAGAAGCCAUCACUAACCAUUUAAAAGAAAUAACAUCAGCUCUUGUCAGUGGUAAGAAACCGGAUAUCACUGUACCAGCACCUGCUCCUACCCGAUUACAUACAACUACCUCCGUCACUGAGACUGUUCAACAACAAUCACCCAAGGAAGAGGACGGAAAUAGGAGCGGCAACAAUAAGUCUAUCAUAGCACAUGAUGAAAAUGAAAAUGUACUCAUUGCUAGCAGUGGCGCCUCCACCAGAACAUCAUCUUCAGCAACAUCAACAACAAGUCGAUCCAUCUUUAACUUUUGGUCGCCUUUCAGAUCGAUGUCUAGCUCUUCGUCUUCUACUACCACAUCACCCAGCUCAUCGAGAAGACCAUCAAAGCAGUAUUCCGCGCCAGUCCUAUCCGCAACAACGACAACGAGCCGACCUACGAGUAGCCUAUCUCCUCUACCGGAAUUUCAAGAAGCUUUAUUAGCACAAAUGGAGCAAUUGAAUACAGCCAAUACAAAUGAUCCAAAAUCAAAGGUCUUGCGAAAUUUGAAACGGCAGUCUAUUAAGCACAGUCUUGUAACUCAAAAUAAAGGCGAUGAUUAUGACUGGGGUCAGUAUAUGAUGAUUGAAUUGCUAUGUCAACAUAGGAAGAGAAAGAGAGAGUGUGGGUGUGUGGUGUGUCAGAGAGCGAGUAUAGAUAGGCUAAAAGAGAAAGGUGACCGGUAGACGUAAUCCAUAAGAAUAACACAUGGCAUUGCGUAUUUUAGAUUUUUGGGCAGGCUUUAUGUGCGAUUAUCAGAAUUUCAACAAGGUGAACAAGGACAUAGUCAAGCAUAUCCGCUUCGGUAUACCGCCGUCCAUUCGUGGCAUGGUGUGGCAAUUAUUAGCAGGGUCUAAAAAUGAGGCUUCAGUGUCAGACUACAUCCAUUUGUUGAAGCAAACCAGUCCCUACGAUAAAAUGAUACAGCGUGAUUUAGCAAGAACUUUUCCUGGACAUACUUAUUUCAAGGAUACAGAUGGGCAGGGUCAAGAAGGUCUCUAUAAUGUAGUGCGAGCCUACAGCUUACAUGAUGAUAAAGUAGGCUACUGUCAGGGCCUUGCAUUUAUUGUUGGCCCAAUGUUAUUGAAU